GAGAAUAUAAUCAUUUAUACCUUAUUGCGAAGACGUCCAGUUCAUACAACUUGCUGAUAUAUUCGAGCGAAAGAUGAUUGUCACUCGAUGUUGGAGCCUUAUAUUCUUACUGGUAACAUUGUUUGCCUCAUGUGUUCACGUGAGCAUCGCGAAGAAAAUGCGUCAGCGAAAACGGGAUUCAUGUGUUUACGAACAACACGUAAAUCAAUGCAGUACCCCAACAGACUAUGUACCGUACCGUGAUACAUUUGCUACAGCUUGUGAUGAACACGAUGUUUGCUAUUUCUGUGAGACAAGAUAUAGCAUCACAAGGAAUCAAUGUGACGCCGAGUUUCGUAGAAAAAUGUACGAGAUUUGCGAUGGAAAUAAACGCAAAAGAUUUCUCUGGAGCGCACUUGGAAACCUUUUGACCGGAAACGUUUGCAAGGCUGCUGCAGAUGUUUACUUUGAUGCUGUUGAUAAUUUUGCACAUGAUCACUAUGAAAAUCCAUCACCCAGUUGGUGUGAGAAAUCCUGUGUACAAGCUCGACUGUCAAAGUACUUUAGUAUAGUUGUUUAAUGUAAUGUUUGAGAGAAUUGAUGAAAUAUAAAAGGUGAAGCAUUACAAUUGAAAUUGAAAGCUUUUUUU